AUGGAUCUGGAAAAUGAAACAAUGGUGCAAGAAUUUGUCCUAGCAGGACUAUCACAGACAUCUUCAGGACAAGCAGGGCUCUUUGUAUUGUUCUUCUUCUUUUAUGUUUUGACUUGGAUGGGCAAUGUACUCAUCAUGGUCACAGUGGCAUCUGAAGCCCGUCUGCAUUCAUCGCCAAUGUAUUUCCUUCUUGGCAACCUCUCCUUCCUGGACUUGUGCUAUUCAUCAGUGACUACUCCCAAACUUCUAGUUGACUUCCUGGCAGAAAAGAAGCUCAUCUCUUAUGGAGAAUGUAUUGUGCAGCUUUUUUUCUUGCAUGUCAUUGGUGCAGCUGAGAUGUUCUUGCUCACAGUUAUGGCAUAUGAUCGCUAUGUUGCUAUCUGUCGACCUCUUCACUACACCACUAUCAUGAACCGGGGAAUAUGUUGUGUGUUGGUGAUUGCCUCCUGGUUGGGUGGCUUUGUGCAUUCCACCGUCCAGACAAUUCUGACUGUUCGCCUGCCUUUCUGUGGACCAAACCAGGUAGACAAUUUCUUUUGUGAUGUCCCUCCAGUCAUCAAACUUGCCUGCACAGACACCUUUGUCAUUGAGUUGCUGAUGGUGUCCAACAGUGGCUUGAUCUCCACUAGUUGUUUUGUCGUCUUAAUUUCUUCUUAUGCUGCCAUCUUGGUGAAAAUACGUUCCAAGAAGGGACGAAGCAAGGCACUUUCUACCUGUGGCUCCCACCUUAUGGUAGUGACACUUUUCUUUGGGCCAUGCAUCUUCAUUUAUGCUCGACCUUUUUCCACUUUCUCUGUGGACAAGUUAGUUUCCGUGUCCUAUAAUGUUAUCACCCCCAUGUUGAAUCCACUCAUCUAUACCCUAAGGAACAAAGAAGUCAAGGCAGCAAUGAGGAAAUUACUUUAUCAGAAACAAAAGAAUGAAGAGUAG